CUCUGUUUCCCUCUGAAAAAUUCAUUCCAUCACCUCUAGAAUUUCUGGUAAUUAAAAUGGCAGGGCGUGGUAAAACGCUUGGAUCGGGAGCGGCGAAGAAAGCCCAAUCGCGUAGCAGCAAAGCCGGCCUCCAAUUUCCCGUCGGCAGAAUUGCCAGAUUUCUCAAGGCCGGCAAAUACGCCGAGCGUGUCGGCGCCGGAGCUCCCGUUUACCUCGCCGCGGUUCUCGAAUACUUGGCUGCCGAGGUUUUGGAAUUGGCUGGAAAUGCGGCGAGAGACAACAAAAAGACGAGAAUUGUGCCGCGGCACAUUCAAUUGGCGGUGAGAAAUGAUGAGGAGUUGAGCAAAUUGCUUGGCGAUGUGACGAUUGCGAACGGUGGUGUGAUGCCCAACAUCCACAACCUGCUUCUACCGAAGAAGGCGGGUGGAUCAUCAAAGCCCACCGCUGAUGAUGAUUAAGCUGUUGCUUUUGAAUUUAGAAUUGCAUUAUUUAGGGUUUGUUUGGUUAGGAUUACUCAAUUUGAUUGUGUUUGUAGUUGGGGAUGGUAAGAUUUGUGCAUAACUAGGGAUGAAUUGGGUGAAAAUGCUCUGGAGCUAUAUUGAUGAAAUCAAACCUUCUCUUUUUAGAAA